GUUGGCCAACACAUGGAACCACCACAUAUACCAUUUCUCUAGCUAGUGGUUCCAUCUUGCUUUAAGACAAUCAGCUUGAAAAGCGGGUGAUUUUUCAUCUCCUGGAAGACCAUAGCUUUUUCUGUUCUUUUUUUCUCCUUCGUAAUCCAUGGAUACAGCUCAGUGGCCACAGGGAAUUGGAGUUGUUAAACCCAUGGAAGCUGGUAAUAAUUCAAGGCCUAUGAGGGCAAGGCCACAAAAAGAUCAAGCUUUGAAUUGCCCAAGGUGCAAUUCAACAAACACCAAGUUUUGUUACUAUAAUAACUAUUCUCUCUCUCAGCCAAGAUAUUUCUGCAAGACUUGUAGAAGGUAUUGGACUGAAGGUGGAUCUUUGAGAAAUGUUCCCGUUGGAGGUGGAUCAAGGAAGAACAAGAGAUCAUCAUCAUCAUCAUCACCAUCAAAGAAGCUUCCUGAUCCAACCACUUUCCCUCACUCUGCAUCUCAAAACCCUAAGAUCCCUCAAGGCCAAGAUCUUAACCUAGCUUACCCACCAAGCUUCCCUCACUCUGCUUCUCAAAACCCUAGCCCCUCCUCCACGUCAUCUCAGCUCUCAGCUAUGGAGCUGCUCAAGAGUACAGCUGGGAUUACUUCAAGAGGGCUGAGUUCUUUCAUGCCUAUGCCCGUAUCAGAUUCCAGCUCAAUAUACUCAGCUGGGUUUCCUAUGCAAGAAUUCAAGCCAACUCUCAAUUUUUCUCUUGAGGGUUUUGAAGGCAGCGGCUAUGGGAGUUCUCUUCAUGGAGUGCAAGAGAGUGGUACUGCAAGGCUCUUGUUUCCUAUUGACGAUUUGAAGCAGGUGCCAUCCACAAGCGAAUUUGAGCAGAAUAGAGGGCAGGGAGAUUCUGCAGCCUAUUGGAAUGGGAUGUUAGGAGGAGGAUCAUGGUAAAUAAGAGAAAGUGGAUGGUGCUUUUUAAUUUUUUUUUUUUUUCUUUCUUUCUUUUUGGUGGGGUGACUUGUUUUGAGUUAAUCAAAACUAACAAAUAGGGUACAUGGGUUUCUGAUAUUUCUUUCUUUAGUUUUUUUUUUUUUUUUUGUACUUCUUUUGCUUUUGUCUUUCAUUGCACUGUGAUCAAUGUGGAUGUUUGAAGCUUUAUUUUAGGCUGGCUUCAAAAGGGUGUGUCAAAACUGUCACGGGAAGCUGUGUAACGGAUAGAACAAGAGGCCUAGAAUAAACGAUUGAGAUAUAUGUCUUUUUAGGGCUUCAUUCAAGAAGAGAAACCUUGAUGAUGAUCUUGUUCCAAUGUUUCUUCUACCACAGCAAAGGUUUCAGUGUAUCAUGUUCUUGAUGAUGAUGGUGAUGAUCUUGCUACAAAAUUAAUAAUGUUCUAUGAUGUUUUAGGUAGCAAGAGCUAGUUAUAUAUUUAUAUAUUCUAAAGUAUGUACGGAACUUAUUGAACAAAUGACUUAUAUAUUAAUUUUGUUUAUUUUUAAUUACACUGGGAUUUUGUGGCUU